AGAGCCCACCUUCCUCAGCGCUGGGAGAAGUUAGCUGUCUGCUGGCAGUCCGGUCCGUAGCCACGAUGGGUGCAGUACCAUGCCUCCUGUUCGUCCUCCUGCUCGGGACGAGGAUACAAGAACACACCGGCCUUCAGUGUUACUGCGACCGCUGCAGCGCCAACUCCAGCUGCACCCCCAAGGACGACGGCGUCUGCUUCGUCUCCAUCCGCAAGUCGGGCAGCCAGCACACCACGGAGCAGCGGCAGUGUGUGCACGGCAACGAGCUGAUCCCCAGGGACCGGCCCUUCAUCUGCGCCCCGUCCAUCAAGCUCGACACGGGCAUCUACCCGUUCUGCUGCAACACGGACUACUGCAACAAGGAGCCCGACCUGAACAUCCUGCCUCCAGACCGCACCACGAAGACCCCCCCCCUGGGGCCUGUGGCCCUCGCGGCGGUCAUCGCCGCCCCGGUGUGCGUGCUGUGUCUGCUCCUGGUCCUGGCAUUCUAUGUUUGCCACAGCCACAGGGGCCUGGGGGCCGGAGGCGCCGGGGCCCACCACCACCACCACCACCGGGUGCCCAACGAAGAAGACCCCUCCAUUGACCACCCCUUCAUCACCGUGGGAACUACGCUGAAGGAUCUAAUCUAUGACAUGACCACCUCUGGCUCUGGAUCAGGCCUUCCGCUACUCGUCCAGAGGACCAUCGCCAGGACCAUCAUCCUCCAGGAGAGCAUCGGGAAGGGCCGCUUCGGCGAAGUGUGGCGGGGAAAGUGGCGCGGCGAGGAGGUGGCCGUGAAGAUCUUCUCCUCCCGCGAGGAGCGCUCCUGGUUCCGCGAGGCUGAGAUCUACCAGACCGUGAUGCUAAGGCACGAGAACAUCCUGGGCUUCAUCGCCGCCGACAACAAAGAUAACGGGACGUGGACUCAGCUGUGGCUGGUGUCGGAUUACCACGAGCACGGCUCCCUGUUUGACUACCUGAACCGCUACACCGUGACCGUGGAGGGCAUGAUCAAGCUGUCCCUGUCCACAGCCAGCGGCCUCGCCCACCUCCACAUGGAGAUAGUGGGAACACAAGGGAAACCGGCCAUCGCGCACAGAGACCUGAAGUCAAAGAACAUUCUGGUGAAGAAGAACGGGACGUGCUGCAUCGCGGACCUGGGUCUGGCCGUCCGCCACGACUCUGCCACGGACACCAUCGACAUCGCUCCCAACCACCGGGUGGGGACCAAAAGGUACAUGGCUCCAGAGGUCCUGGACGACUCCAUAAACAUGAAACACUUUGAGUCUUUCAAGCGGGCCGACAUCUACGCCAUGGGCCUGGUGUUCUGGGAGAUUGCCAGCCGCUGCUCCAUGGGAGGCAUCCAUGAGGACUACCAGCUGCCCUACUACGACCUGGUUCAGUCAGAUCCGUCGGUGGAGGAGAUGAGGAAGGUGGUCUGUGAGCAGAAGCUACGCCCCAACAUUCCCAACCGCUGGCAGAGCUGUGAGGCCUUGCGGGUGAUGGCGAAGAUAAUGAGAGAGUGUUGGUAUGCCAACAGCGCCGCCCGACUCACCGCUCUCCGAAUCAAGAAGACCCUGUCUCAGCUCAGCCAACAGGAGGGAAUCAAGAUGUAGACUACCAAACACUCCCACACACACACACACACACACACACACUACUGUGGCUGGCCAUAUCGUUAGCAUUAUGAUCUUCAUUAGCAUCAUUGACUGUUCCUUUACUUUGAGGAGAGGUGAAGACUUCUCAUCCCCUUGUGCUCUUUUUACUAUUUUUGUUACAUUCAUUGACAAACUGCUGAGACAUGCACCUGGAAGUCAUGAAGCGUGUGCGUUGCACUUGGCAGUCACACACAUGAACAGCUGGGCGGGCGGAUCUAAUGACGGAUGCUUGUGCCUAACAUCCACCCUCACUCCGAAAUCCCAAGAAGACCCAUCGGGAUGACUGGUGUCCACCUGAAGCCCCGCCUCCACCCACUCAUGCAAAAGAAACGAUCCCUGAUGGGUUAAGCGGCUGCCGGGAGUUCACCUAGGAUGCCCCUUAGCCCCCCCCCCCCCCCCAUAGCAUGUCAUUGUUGUCGUUGGAGAGUUGAGCCACUCUUCAGUAGGUCAUUUUCAUCUUUAAAUAAUAUUCCCAUCAGACCCGAUCCAAAUGGAACCAGUUGUGUUUGGUGAAUCACUGCAGUCCCUUACGGGGGGGGGGCAGUGAGGCAUUCCAGUUAACCCCAUUGUCUUUUCUUAGUACACAACUUUUUGCUCUGGAAAAAAUACUUUCAAUUUUGUCCAUGUGCACUUUGUCACGUUCUGCUGGGGAGCGAGCGGGCUGCAGCCCCGCCCCGAGUCGUGUUCCAGUAGCAUUGGGAACUGAAGCUUGCACUCUGGGGGUCACGGGACACGUCGGGGAGCCCCCAAACCAUCUCUGCAACAACUUGGCACCUUUCUUUCCCGUUAGUCCCUGUUGGACUGGUUGCUGUUUUCUUUCUUUCUGGUGUCAUUACUGGACACGGGGACCUCAUCCUUUUAUUGUUUGGCAAACAUGCUGCGACAUAUGCAAUAUACAGUAGAUAAAUGUGUCUAUUUUCUAUACUCUUCUAAACCGGCAAGAACAACGACACCAAUCCGCUGCCACCAUGCCUUCCAAAGCCAGCUGAAACCAGAAAGUGCCAGCGCUUUAACAACCCAGACUCCUCAUGUUGGCUUCUGUGGCUGCGUGCGUACGUGUGUGCGUACGUGUGUGUGUGUGUGUGUGUGUGUGUGUGUGCGCGUGUGUGUCCAUGCAGGAACGUGCAGCGACUCUGCACACCACCCCAAGAUUUAAGGAGGGACACAUGCACACAAUGCCGUCACAGCACCCACAAGCCAGCUGACUCUCUGGUGCCAUUCUGUCAACACCCCCCCCCCCCCCCCCGACACAUGCAUACAUACACCUGAACACCCAACAACGUCAGCAACAACUCCCGGUACGGCUUCUCCCAGCGAGCCCGGGCCUGGGACCUCCAACUGUGUUCAGUUGGAAACAACGAUGUCACCAAGAAGCCCCUCAAUGGCUUUUGGGGUAAAAAAAAGAGGUGAAUAAAGGACACAAAGACUUGUGAGCAUUAAUAAUGUAAACUCUUUAUUUUGUUCUUCUCACAUGAGACCUGCUCAAGCAUUUCCUUCUUUGUUGGACGCUCGAUGAAUUACAUUCUUUUCAAAAUAUAGCAAAUGGAGAUUUACAAAGCCAUAGAUUUCCCAGGUCAUGUAUUUUCUUUUUUUUAUUGUGGCAAACUAUUUCUACUAGAAUGUACAUUUACGCAAAAAAAAAUGAAUUAUGUGUUUAAAAAAAAAAAAAUUAGAAAGAGAAAAAAAAAUGUUUUCCAUUUCAUCUUAGCAAGCCUUAAGGGACCAACACGAGAGUCAGGAUGUGCUCUUACUAUGUUUUUCUUUAUUUUCUUAUAAAAAAUGAUAUACAUAUAUUUAAUUGAUUACUAUAAAAAGUUGGUGUCAUUAUUCUAUCUAAAGGACAAAUGUAUGUAGCACCUGAUUUAAUGGUUUGUUUCACUCAAGUGUUCGUCCUGUUGAACCCACCAAGGGCCUCAUGGACCUUCAGCGCCCACCCCAGGCCUCGUUGGGGUGAACCCCCGAGGGGAAAGGGGGUGUUUCCCGUAAAGAGAGGGGAUGCGUAAAUUGUGCCUAAUUAUGCAUGUUCAGAAACUCCAACUAUUGGCAUCCGGAUCCUUUCAAACAGUCACAGCAUCAGCAGUGGGGAGAUCUCCGUGUGCACCGGGUCACGCCCACGUCCCCCCACCACUGAUGCCCAAAUAACACAGAACUUUCCUUUGGGCUGUUUUGGCUGAUCCGUGAUAGAGAGCAGCACGAGGCCUUUCAAUGGUGAGCGGCUCUUGUGCCGUGUAGAGGGGGGGGGGGCUCAAGUACCACAGCGAGCGUUCUCCGUGGCGCUGAUAGCACAUGAGGGCCUGAGUGGGACGGGGGGGGGGGGCUCCUGGGUCUGAGUCCGAGUCCCUCGGUCCACAAGUAGUCCAUCUGAGUGCAGGACGUGUGAGCAAGGACUGCUGGGGGAGGAGUUACUGCUGGUGGGGGGGGUUACCUGUGUUACAAGUAUUGGUGUUCUCCGUGUUCUCUUCCUUGUGGAUUCAUGAUGUUCUGAUGUGCUGCUACCUGUUUGUCCGCCUCGCUUUACUCCAGAGGCGAGAGCUGGCGUUGGAUGUCAACAUCCUCUGAUUGAUUGUUCUGUGCCAUGUUGCUCCGCCCCCCCCCCCC